AUGGUACAUGCAUCCGAGGUGACUCCGCUCGUAGCGAAUGGCCCCUCCUCGCUUCGUUCUUUCACGUUUCAUGGCGUUAAAAGCCGUUAUGUGAUCUUUAUGGCUACUAGUUUUAUUUUAUUGCUCACGUUUGCGUUCGUGGCCCACAAGGACUCAUCGGUAUCAAACCUGAAAGGCGUCACUAGCAAGUUUGACAAGUUUUUCUGUGGAAUGUCGAGCCAUGAAUCGGGGUAUAUAAAAUUACCCAACACAAAUAAUGACCAUUAUUUUUAUUGGUUUGUCGAAUCUCAGAGUGAGCCACAGAAGGACCCUUUAGUCCUCUGGCUUACAGGAGGACCCGGCUGUUCCAGCAUGAUGGCACUAUUGGCUGAAAACGGUCCUUGCCAUGUCCAGCCGGAUCUGUCGACUCAGAUCAAUCCAUACUCUUGGAAUAAUCAGGCCAAUGUUAUUUGGCUGGACCAACCAACAGGAGUGGGAUUCUCUUAUGGUUCUAGCGUAGAUUACGACUCGAGUGAGUUCAAUGUCGCGGAAAACAUUUACUGGUUCUUACAGGAAUUUCUAAACAAACACCCGGAAUUCAGUGAUCGGGAGUUUUUCGUAACGGGCGAAAGUUACGGUGGACACUAUGUACCUGCUACUGCCAGCUACAUUUUGAAAGCCAAUAUGCUUCGGCACUUGAAUCCGGACGCAGUUUAUAUUAAUCUGACAGGUAUCGCAGUUGGUAACGGACUGACGGACCCGGCAGAGCAAUACCUGCACAGUGUCGACAUGGCCUUCAACUCGUACAAUAUAUCGCUGUUAAAUGAAAAGGCAAUUGAAGAUAUGCGUAAGGCGCAGCCGGUGUGUCGCGAGCUCAUUUUGAAGUGCCAGAAAGAACAGCAGAUGUGUGCUGAUGCAAUGGAAUUUUGCUUUGGAACGCUGGAAGGACCGUAUUUUCAGUCGGGGCGAAACCCCUACGAUAUUCGGAAGCCAUGUGCUGAAGACAACGUGAUGAACUGCUUCCACUUUGAGCACAUUGUCGAGUACUUGAAUGCACCGGCUAUCUUGGCGGAGCUAGGUGUCGAUGAACACAAGUCCAAGCCAUGGCAAGAGUGCGAUGGGACGGUGGGUGCAGGUUUUGUACUCGAUGAGAUGCUAUCCUCGGCUGAGGAUGUCAAACUUCUCCUGGAUGCAGGCGUGAGAGUGUUGAUUUACGCUGGUGAUGCGGACCUCAUGUGCAAUUGGGUGGGCAACCAGGCGUGGGUGAUGGCGCUAGAUUGGAGCGGAAAAGAAGACUUUAGAAACGCACCAAACCGCCCGUUGAUUACAUCUGAGGCCCCAGAUGCAGGGCGAGUUCGUGCGUUCGAAAACUUGGCGUUCAUUCGUGUGUUUAACUCUGGCCACAUGGUGCCUAUGGAUCAGCCUGCUGUCUCGUUUGAGAUGAUAAACAAGUUUUUUCACGACCAGGAUCUCUGA